CCGGAGAACUCGGUGGCGCACGGUCAGUUACUUGGCCACUGUCCCCGGGCCCUGUGGCGCUGGUUUCGGCUAAGCGAGGGCCUAGGCACCGGGACGUGCCUGACACCGCAGGUGCCACACGCAAUGCUCUCUGCCCCCGCCUGGGCUCCUCCCCAGGCGGUCACAUAACUCCUGAGCUUAGUGGUUCUCAGCUCUAUGCAGCCAGCACCAUGUGCCUACAUGCCACCAUGCUCCCCGCUGUGAUGAUAAUGGACUGAACCUCUGAAACUGAUAGAAGUGGAAUUACUGGUCAAAGGGCAUUCCGAUCUGGGAGAAGUGGCCCCAGAAGUAAAGCCUUCCGAGAGCCAGACAUCCGUGGCAAUUGCAGAUUUGGAAUGGAGAGAAAUGGAAGGAGGUGACUGCGGGUUCCACUAUGGAGAUGGUACAAACGAGGCUCAGGACAAUGACUUCCCAACAGUGGAGAGAAGCAGGCUUCAGGAAAUGCUGUCCUUGUUGGGACUGGAGACAUACCAGGUCCAGAAGCUCACCCUCCAGGACUCCCUGCAGAUCAGCUUUGACAGCAUGAAGAACUGGGCUCCUCAGGUCCCCAAGGACCUUCCCUGGCAUUUCCUCAGGAAGCUGCAGGCCCUUAAUGCUGAGGCCAGGAACACCACCAUGGUGCUGGACAUGCCUCCAGAUGCCUGGCCGGCAGAGAAAGAGAGCCAGAUGGAGGAGGAGAUGAUCUACUGGGACCCAGCUGAGGAGAUUGCUGCCGAUGACAUCUACUCCUUUUCCGAGCUGCCCAUGCCUGACACGCCUGUGAACCCCCUGGACCUCCUCUGCGCCCUCCUGCUGUCCUCAGACACCUUCCUGCAGCAGGAGGUCCUGCUGAAGAUGUCCCUCUGCCAGUUCGCCCUCCCACUUGUGCUGCCUGACUCAGAAAACCACUACCACACCUUUCUGCUCUGGGCCCUGCGGGGGGUUGUGCGGACGUGGUGUUUCCAGCCCCCGCGGGGCCUUGGGAGUUUUCGAGAAGACAGUGCGGUCCUGUCCAGGGCGCCCACCUUUGCCUUCGUGCGCAUGGACGUCAGCAGCAACUCUAAGUCCCAGCUGCUCAAUGCCAUCCUCAGCCCGGCCCGCCGGCAGUGGGACUGCUUCUGGCAUCGGGACCUCAAUUUAGGCACCAAUCCUCGAGAGAUUGCCGAUGGGUUAGUAGAAAUCUCCUGGUUUUUCCCCAGUGGUAAGGAGGACCUGGAUGUUUUCCCAGAGCCAAUGGCCUUUCUGAACUUGAGAGGUGACAUUGGGUCUCACUGGCUGCAGUUCAAGCUCUUGACAGAAGUCUCCUCCGCUGUGUUUAUUUUGACGGACAACAUCAGUAAGAAGGAAUACAAACUGCUGUACUCCAUGAAGGAGUCAACCACAAAGUACUACUUCAUCCUGAGUCCCUACCGCGGGAAACGGAACACGAACCUGCGCUUCCUCAACAGGCUGAUCCCUGUGCUCAAGAUCGACCACUCUCACGUCCUCGUGAAGGUCAGCAGCACUGACAGCGAGAGCUUCGUGAGGCGGAUCCGAGCCAUCAUAUGCGGUGUGGCCCGCUCUCCCUGCAGGCGGGUGUCUGUGGAGGACAUGGCACACGCGGCCCGGAAGUUGGGCCUCAGGGUUGACGAGGACUGUGAGGAGUGUCAGAAGGCCAAGGACCGGAUGGAGAAGAUCAUCAGGAAGAUCCAGGAUGUGGAUGCCUACAAGAGGGACGAGCUGAGGCUGCAGGGGGACCCUGCCAGGAAGGCAGCCCAAGUUGAAAGGGAGUUCUGCCAGCUCCAGUGGCUUUCGGAGCCCCCGGAGAAGCACCGGGCUGAGCUGAGACGGCGGGUCCUGGAGCUCCGGGUCCAGCAGAAUGGCCAGGAGCCCACCUCAGGGGUGCGGGAGUUCAUCCUGGGGAUAAGCAGCCCCUCCCCGGGUGAGAGGCAGUACUUCCUGAGGUGGAUGGAGUGGGGGCUAGCCCGACUAGGCUCACCUCGGCCACGACAGCCUCCAGAGACCCUCCUCACCCUGAGACCGAAACUUGGUGGGGCCUCAGACUUGAAUGAUCCACUCUGGCCUGAGCCCUUGGGAGUGGAGCACUUUCUGCGGGAGAUGGGGCAGUUCUAUGAGGCGGAGAGCUGCCUGGUGGAGGCAGGGAGGCUGCCUGCUGCUCAGAGGCGCUUUGCCCACUUCCCAGGCCUGGCUGUGGAACUGCUUCUGGGUGGGCUGCCUCUGGAGCUGGUCGAUGGGGCCACCCUGAGCAUCCCUAUUCGCUGGGUCACUGGGCUUCUCAAGGAGCUGCAUGUUCGCCUAGACAGGAGAUCUCGAUUAGUGGUUCUCUCUGCCCUGGGGGUGCCAGGCACAGGGAAAUCUACACUCCUUAACACCAUGUUUGGCCUGCGGUUUGCCACAGGAAGGAGCUGUAGUCCCCGGGGGUCCUUCAUGCAGCUCCUCCCUGUGGCUGAGGGCUUCAGCCAGGACCUGGGCUGUGACCAAAUCCUGGUAAUCGACUCUGGGGGUUUGAUCAGUGGGGCCUUGGCCUCUGCUGGAGACAGGUUCGAACUGGAGGCUUCCUUGGCCACGCUGCUAAUGGGGCUAAGUAAUGUCACUGUGGUCAGUUUAGCUGAGACGAAGGACAUUCCACCAGCUAUUCUUCAUGCUUUUCUAAGGUUAGAAAAAACGGGGCACAUGCCCAACUAUCAGUUUGUGUACCAGAACCUUCAUGACUUCUCCGUCCCCAGUCCCAGGCCGAGAGACAGGAGGCAGCUCCUGGAUCCGCCCAGCGACCUGAGCAGGGCUGCUACCCACAUGGAGAAGCAGGGUGGUAGCUUCCGGACACUGGCAGGCCUGGCAGAGAGGCAGCACGUCUGGCACAUCCCAGCCCUGUGGCAUGGAGCACCACCCAUGGCUGCUGUGAGCCUGGGCUACAGUGAGGCCAUCUUUGAAUUGAAGAGAUGCCUGCUAGAAAACAUCAGGAAUGGCUUGUCCAACCAAAACAAAAACAUCCAGCAGCUCAUUGAGCUGGUGAGGAGGCUGUGAAUGUCUUGAGGGUAGGGCCUCCUGCUGUGGCCUGUUGUGACAGCAGCCAGCAAGGCUGUAAUUGGCACCUGAGAAGGAAGACUAGUGACAGACAGGAAUUAAGGGCCUCUCCACAGUGUUAAGAAGCAGUCUCAAACCCGCUCAGAAACACUGCGAAUAGAGGCCCAGGGCGGGGUGGUACAAGCAGUGAGUUCUCUGUUCCUAGCCCAUCAAGGCUCCUGGAAGUUGGCCCCCUGGGUAGCUGCCCCUUCACUGGCCCCUGGAAUUAGGGAACAGCUCCCUCAGUCACCGCAGGUGCUGGCAGGCAGGGAUGCUGCGGGCUCUUCCCGGGAAGCAAAAGAGGCUUUGCUUCCAUUCAGUCCCCAGGUCCUUUGUGGACCAGCCUUCAAGGUUUCGGUGACACGUGGCGCCAAGGUGCAAGGCACUGCCGUGGCACUGAGCUUGUCCCCGACCCUUGCCCAGGAAGUGUUCAGCAGUCACCCUGUGUGCUCCAGCACUCUGUCAUCCUUCCUCCACACUUCAUGGCACAUUGUCACUUGUGUGUUUACUGUCUGCCCCUAGACUGUGAGCUGCUUGAGGGCAGGACCUAAGCACCGUACAGCUCUGGGUCCCUAGGACCUGGCACACAUAGGCGCUUAAUAAAUGUUUGUUGAAUUGA